AUGAAUCAGUUACCAAGCAAUAUUUACGAGGAUAUAAGCAAUGCCAAGGAUAUAUUUAGUGCAGGAUAAAAGCACUUAAUAUGCCUUGGAAGAGCAAUUUUAAGAAAGAGCUAACUCAUUGUAUUAGACGAAGCAACUGCAAAUGUAGAUAUGCUUACUGAUGAGUUAAUUUAAGAGAAAAUUAGAUAGAAAUUUGAAAACUCUACAGUUAUAACCAUAGUUCAUAGACUAAAUACAAUAGCCGAUUAUGACUAAAUUAGGGUAAAGCUGUAGAAUAAGGAACUUAUAGUAAAAUUAAAACAGAAAUUUCUACUAAAUAGUUAACAUACUGGAGUUAAAAAUUCACUUCUAAUAAAAAGAAUAGCUAAUUAAAAUGAAUUUUAAAAAUAAACUCAUGAGAUUAGUUUUUGA